CCAAGUCGGUUCACCUAUCCAACACGAAGACCACGUCAGGUGUUCGGCCUUUUCCGCCGAUGGAAAGCUGCUAUCCACGGGUUGUGUUGAUAAAAACGCGUAUGUUUGGGACGUUCAAGCCAUCCUGAAAACAGCUGGCCUAGAAGACCUCCUGUCCAUACCUGAUAGCGCAUCAAAAGCUGAACCCAAACAGAAACUGUAUACAUCAUCUGGCUCCUCAAGCAAAGAGCACAUUUCCCCAUCCGAGUCGUCGCAGGGCAUCGAAGACAGGUCGUUUCUAGAGGCUGACGCUACGGGAGGUUUCGGCCACUUUGGGGGCAGAGAGGAACUUCCACCAGGUUUUUUCGACGACACGCAACCCGAUAUUAAUGCACAUUCCUCUGCAACACCUGGUGCCAAUCCUAAUCUUUCUGCACUCCUUGGCCGCCUUUACUCGCUUCUUCGUCGCUCUCGACCCAAUGAAGCGAUCGAAACUCAGCAACCUCCAGUGCCUUCAGAGUCACAUUUGCAUGCGCUCCUCAAUCACCUGUCCUCACACCUUCGCUCUCCACGUAACACUGAUGAAACAUCCGAACUUCCGCAAUCCCAAAUACUUUCGCGUUUACAUCUACAGGUACUCCUCCGUCACCUGUCCUCACUUUUGCCCCGCCCUGGACUCUACACCGACGAAGCACCCGAACCUCAGCAAUCCCAAACACCCUCAGUCUCACGUCCGGGUGCACUAAUGGGUCGCCUGUCCUCACUCUUUCAUGCUCCACUCAACGCUGAUGAAGCAAUCGAACCCCAACAUCACUUGGGGCCAACUACCUCCUCUCACUGCAAUCAUCAUGACGUCGAUGUUGCCGCAAUGCGGGACAGAGAGGUAAUAUUUAUUGCUCCUCACCACGAAACUGCUAGUGAAAAGGCCAGGCGCAUCAAGAACCCAAAACCGUGGGUUCGCGUGGUGUUGUUUCUCUGCUGCGCGUCCCCUGGUGCCGAUGACAGUCUUGACACCGACGAGACACAUGGCAGAACAUAGACAAAUAUGUUUAUCGAGUGUAGUAUGAUGUAGCUUUGCUACUAUGUCAAUACCAGUUAAUUCAUGAUUCCAUUCUAACCCGUCU